UAAUUACUCUAAUAAGAAUAAAAUUUUAAAAAAUAAAUAAAUUUAUCCCCUUUUCUGAGUGGACACUGGACACGGAGCUGAUCGAGAGAGAACCUCCCUCGCUUCUCUUCCUGAAGGUUUUAACUUUUUUCAGAAAGAAAUGGGCUUUUCUUUCCCAACCAGUACCGGUGUGGUUUGCUGUUCUCCGGGAUGGAAGUCUUGCAGCGUCUUCGUUCACUUGGGGUUAAACUCAAGCUGUCCCAGUGGAACUUUAUAUCUCCUCAAAAGAAAAUGCCCACCUAGAAAGUUCCGUGUAGCAUGCUCUUCUUCAUUUUCUUCUGAUCUGCUUUUGGUUAAGGCUGCAAGAGGAGAUCCUGUAAGUCGACCUCCAGUGUGGAUGAUGCAUCAGGCAGGAAGGUAUAUGGCCAUUGAUAGAAAGCUUGCAGAGAGAUAUCCUUCCUUCAGGGAUAGGUCAGAGACAACCGAUCUCAUUGUUGAAAUCUCUAUGCAGCCUUGGGAAGCUUUCCGUCCUGAUGGAGUUAUUAUUUUCUCCGACAUACUGACCCCUCUGCCUGCCUUUGGAUUCCCAUUUGACAUAGAAGAAAUAAGGGUUCCUAUAAUCCAAACACUAAUUCAUUCUGAAGCGAGACUGAAGACUCUGCAUCCCAUAUAUUUAGAGAAACUUCAUUUUGUAGGGGAAUCCCUCAGGUUAUUGCGGUGGGAGGUAACUUCAAGGUUGGUGGACACACUGCUGUUUUAGGUUUUGUAGAAGUACCUUGAACGAUAGCUACAUAUAUAGUGGAAGGGGGUACAACGCGCACAUAUACAAGUUACACAACCAUAAAGACCAUGUGGUAUAGAGCACCACAUGUAUUGAGGGCUCUUCUUUCUCAUUUGACAUGGGCAAUAUCAGACUACAUUAUUUUCCAAGUGCUGGGGCUCAUUGCAUACAAAUCUUUUGAUUCAUGGGGUGCACAACUACCGCCUUAUAUGUGGGAAUGCUGGUCAAAGCCAUAUAUUGAGGAUUAAAGAAUAAGCGUCCUCAGACAACACUUGUUCUCUACGUUAAUGGAAAUGGUCGCCUUCUUGAGCUUAUGAAAGGGACUCGCAUCGAUGUGAUUGGGCUUGACUGGACGGUGGAUAUGGAAGAUGGAAGGAAACAAUUGUGUUGGGAGAUCAGCGUACAGGGCAACAUUAACCCUACUUGCUUAUUUUCUCCUCUUGCUACUCUGGCGGAAGAAAAUAAAAGGUUGGUGAGAUGGUUUUAUUAACAAAUUUCUUUCACCUGUUCCUCAUUGUUGACUGUUAUUGGUCUUGACUCUUGACCCAUCUUUGAUCUUUAGUAUGUGCUUGCCACUGGCUUUCCUGUUGUGGUGUAGCCUAAGAUUAUACAGAUUGUACCUCUACUCAUUCAAGAAAUAGGAGUCGGAUAGGUAUACAUCAUCACGGAACCGCGAGGAAUGGAGUUGUUUAUUCCUCAGGGUAGAUAAAGAUUUAAUAAUUUCUUGACAAAAAUUCCUAAGCAAAAAAUUUUGAAUGACACCUGAGUGUGCAAGCAUGGAUUGUUUUAGAUAAGAUUUGUGUAACAAGGACAGCAUGAAUCUCAUCUGUAGACAUAGUUACGACGUGCCCAACUUUGUAACUUCACAAAAAGGAGUGUUCAUGUAUAGUGUAUGCAUCCAUUAAUGCAGCAUGCUAAUCCUGUGUUUGCCGAUUAAUCCUGCUCUGAUAGAAUUGUUUCUCAGGGUCGUGAGGUGUGAGGGUCAAAGGGGACACAUUCUUAAUUUAGGAAAUGGUGUUCUUGCUAGAACGCCUGAAGAAGUUGCACAUUUUUUUAACGUUGCAAGAAGCUUGAACUAUAUAUGAUGCACCUUCUCUCGAUCAAGAGGUGGAGGUUUCUAAAUUGGCAGCUUGAUGAUAAUAAUCAUCAAGCGCAAGCCAGGUUUGAAGAUAAACAUUGAAGAUGCGGUUACUUAAAUUGACUAAAUCUUCAUCCUUGUCACAGCAUUUUGAAGAUAAAAAUCUCUCUAAUGAUAAUGCAAUAAAGAAGUUCUACAGCACAACCAACGGGCGGGCUUGCAGCCGAACUCUUUGAAGGUUAGGCUUAAGGUUUUUGCCCGGCCUCGCUCGAAGACCGAGUUGGGUAAAGCAACCACAACCCGAGUUUGUACUGUUUAAUAUUUUACUGGAAUCUAUGGUAAUGUAUAUGAAUGGUAAGGCUCAGUUUGUGUAAAAAGAAAGGGAAUGAUACUUUAUACUACAAAUUAUCAAAGUGCUGGUCAUUUUUGAACGGUCCAUGAAUUCAUAAGCUGGACUAACCCAAAUCUAUGAUCAUUAUAUCAUUCGCAAGUUGACACGAUUGACCUGUUUAUUUAAUACAUGAACUUUCCGUGGUCUAGAAA